UAUGGUAAUCCCCAUUUCUAAGGUUUUCGAAAUUUAAGUUGGCCACAAAAGUGGAAUAGGUCAUCGUGAACACGUCCUUUGUUUAAGUUUAUGGAGUUUGUUCUCCCAAACUUCGCAGAAAAAUCAGAUACAAUAAGAGGUAGGAGGUUAUCAGUGCUUUUAAAAACGAUAUUGAUUAACUGAUGAUAAAAACUAGCAUUAAGUUAUGUUCCUAACGCAAAUGUUCAAAUCCAGAUCAUAAUAUCAAUGUUAAUUUAGGGAAAUUUGGCUGCAAAAGAUAACUGUGUGUGGAAAGUCAUUAAACUCAAUUCGCACGCUAAAUUUUCUUUGAAGGAAAAAUGGAUUCUCAAUUGAUGUUUGUGCUUCUCGUGUUGUCAUCGACGAUUUCGUCUUCUUCGCAAAACUGCUUUUGCGAAAACAAGAAACUCACCUGCACAGAUAUUUCUAACUGGAAGGAAAUACCUGAAGAAAUAGCACAAAUGAGAUUCAGACGUAAACAAAUCAAACAGUUUGAGAUUCAAGGAGAGAUACCAGAUGACUUUAAACUUGGCGACAUCAAAUUUGCGCAUAAUUUUGAAGAAAUUACUAUAAGGUACGCAAAUAUCAGUACGUUACCAAACGACACCUUUGCUGGUUUGCAAAACUUAAAGAAGAUUAUCAUCCAAGAUAACAAUGUAGACAAAUGGAGCAGCGAUAUACUUAACGAACUAAACCAUUUACAAUCCAUUUACCUUGACAACAAUACCAUAAGUGACGAUGAUGACAUCAAUUUCACAAAUCUUACUAAAAUUGCUCGCAUCAGUUUGACCAAUAACCAACUUACAAAAAUUCCACAACAUUUUCUGGCAGAAGCCAACGAAGUGACCGAAUUAAAUUUGGGGAACAAUUUUAUACCAAUACUAGAUCAAGAUAUGUUCAGUCACAUGCACAACUUGCAAAAACUAAAAUUAGAUAACAACAACAUCAGUGCUAUCGAAGAGAAGGCAUUCCAUCAUCUUUGCUCGCUUGUUUUACUCGCUUUGAAUGGCAACCAAUUGAGUAAAUUACACGCAGACUCCUUCCAUUGCCAAAAAAAGCUGAAGACGCUCUUACUGCACAACAAUAACAUUACAGAAUUAGACAAGAACAUUUUCAAAAGUUUAAACGCUUUAAGAACCCUAAGCUUAGAGGGAAACCAAAUUUCGGAAAUUAACGUUGAAUUAUUUCAAAGUUUAGCUAACUUGCAAACCCUCAAUUUACAAAACAACAAAAUUGACAACUUACAAGACGACGUGUUCAAUGCGUUCACUGAAUUAUCCUACCUGGAUCUGUCCAUCAACGCGCUCACCAGCGUUCCAGCGGUCAUCUUAAAGAAACUCACAGACCUCAAGACUCUAAUUUUAUCACACAACCGCAUAGAAAAAAUAGAAGGAAAACCCUUCCAACUCAACCGGAACUUGAAGAAACUAGACUUGAGUUACAACUCAAUUACUGAGCUGAACCAAGGCAACUUUAAGGGACUAGUACGGUUAUCCAAUCUGAUACUGCGGAAUAACAAAAUUCAUCAGCUGCAAGAGGGUAUUUUUAAGGGUCUAAUCAAUUUGAACGUUCUAUACUUGAGCAAUAACGAGAUAAAGUCGCUCACAAGCCAAUUUGAUCAUCUACGCGAACUGGAACACCUGGAUUUGGGAAGUAACGAAAUCGGGGAAAUCGCGGAUGGCGUUUUUACCAAGCUGGAAAAUUUGGGAAAUUUAAAUUUGACUAACAAUAAGAUCGAAAAGUGGUUUACGAAGGCGUUUCAACCGAUCGGUUCGUUGUACAGUCUGGAUUUAAGUAAUAACAGCAUCGAACACUUGCCGGGCAACGCGAUACAGGGCUUGGGUAGGCUCCGCAUGUUGACGCUCGGGUACAACCAGAUCGAGACAAUUGAAAGUAACGCGUUUGGAGAAUUGCGAUCGUUGAAGUUUCUUACUUUGAAAAAUAAUCAGUUGUCGGUUGUCGAUGAGGAUGUCUUCGAGGGCUUGAACAAUUUGCAAACACUAGACUUGGAGAAUAAUCGAAUAAAGACUUUGCCGGUUAAUUACUUGCGCGGGUUACCGAAACUGCGUAAGAUUAUAUUGGAUGGCAACGAAUUAGUUACUACGAAUACUAAACCUGUUGAAGAAAAGUAUGAGCAGCCAAUGUUUACCGACUGGUAAAUUAAGAAAUUAGGGUCUUUUAAAUUGAAAAAUGUAGUUUGUUCAAUAAACCAUCAAGUUUAACAGA